AUGCUCACUCUUAACCCCAUUGAAAAAGCUUUAGAAGACAUAGGAUGGGGAAGGUAUCAAACCAAGCUCUAUUUUAAUUGUUUUGCAGUAAUUCUAACGUAGGCUCUUGCUCUUACGAUGCUUUGGAUAGAAACUAGUGCGAUCAUAAUGUAUAAAUUUGACGAUGAUUUAGUGAAAUCAAAAUCAAACCUUGCAAUCUCAAUAAAUCUUGGAACUUUGGUAGGCUGCUACGUAUUUUCUUAUCUCAUCGGAAUAUAUGGGAGAGCGCCAAUAUUUAAAAUUACAGUAGCAGUGGCAGCUUGUGGUGGAAUCCUGAUCUGUAUUUUUCCAUGCUACGAAGUUCUAUUAUUUGGGCUUUUUGUGAUUGGGCUAGGAAUGGGAGGUGACGGAAGUAUUGGAACCACUGUUUUUAUGGAGGCAAUUCCGGUUAGCCAGCACAGGACAAUGACAAUUUUAAAUGUUUCUUACUGCUUGGGAACAGCCCUAUCUAUUUUUUUUGCAAUUUUACUUGAAUUUAGAAUAUCAUCAGAACAGCCAGCUUGGCUUAUUUUAACAUGAAUUUCUACAAUCAUAAGCGUUAUCUUAACAUAUUUAAGGCUAGAAGUAUUAGAAAGCCCAAUGUUCCUAUAUGAAAUAAAAAGCAAAAAACUGAAGGAAGUAAUAAAAACAAUAGCAACAAUAAAUGGGAAAAUAGAUUUUAAAUUUUCUCUUCCACACGAAAGAUUUUCUUCAUAUGACGAAGAAGAAGCGGUAAGUUCUUCAGUUUUUGAAAUUUUCAGAAAUCCCUUGCUCAGAACCACAAUUUUGCAGACAAUUCAAUACUUUUGGUCAAGCGUAGCUUAUACAAACAUGAUUUUUUUCAUGCCUUUACUUCUUCCUGAGUCUAGUGAUUUGAGUGCUUAUAGUGUUAUAUUUCUGCAGCAAAUUGCUGGAUUUGGAGGUACUUAUAUUGCUUCUAAAUGCAUAGACACUCAGCUAGGUAGAAAAGGGACCGAGGCUCUUGCAUUUAUGCUUUCUGGGUUGACGAUUUAUCCCUUUAUGUUUUCUGAAAGAACAGGAAUUGUAACUUAUAAGUAGAUUUAUAUUUGGUCUGCAGUAUCUUUUGGGUUUUUAAUGAUGGGACUUUCGACUCUAUACACACAUUCACAAGAAUUAUACCCUACACACGUCAGAGGUCUUGGAGUUGGCUGAGUAACUGGCAUUCAAUUGAUGACUGGCGUUUUCACUCCUCCACUAACAGAAAAAUUAGGUGAAAUUGGAGGAAACUCGUUGAUUUUCCACUUCAACGCAGUUUGCUAUUUUAUAUCAGCUGCAGCUUCCUUGUUUUUAACUGAGCACACGCAUGAAGCUAAAGAAAUUGAGUGCGAGCCUUUAAAUUAUGAAUUAUAG